GAGGAGUCUGUACUGUUCCCUGACCUUGGAUGAGAAAAGUGUUUGGGUGUGAGAGAGCGAGAAAGACAGACUUGGGAGAGUUUGGCAUCAACAUAAUGCACAUCAAGCUAUAAGGAAGGGAGGGGGACAGACCGAGACCAUGGGGGCUGCAGUAUAGACUACUGCAGUGCAGGUUUGUGGGGUGUUGUUUCUGUGGCUGAAGAGAGAUUUGCAUUAGGAUUCUGAGGGACACCUGGCAACCCGUGGCUGAGCCGAGGAGUGACGAUGUCUGUACAGGCCAGAAGACAACACAGCAUUCAGCAGCCGAUGAAAGAGCCCGGAACAGGAAGCUGAGAUGGAGUUCUCAGGGUGCCCUGCUGCUGCCGGUGUUGCCGACGAGGCCCAGGAGGCGGAGCAGGCGGAGAAGGAGGGCCACGCCCAGGUUCUAUUUGAUGAGUUUGUCCAGGCGUCCACCUGCAGAACGACACUCCGUGCCUUCAACCUGCUGUGUGAGCACCUUCAGCUCACACACACACACACACAGCCACAGACAUACCCCCCGACGCAGCCGCAGAGGCCUUUCUACCACACCCUCAAAGAACGCCUCAGCUACUGGAAGGCCAACGCACUGUGGGCCAAACUGGACAAACGGGCGGCCCACCACGAAUACGGGAAGGGCCGUGUUUGUGCCAACACAACGUGUGUGAUCAUUGGGGCGGGGCCAUGUGGUCUGCGUACAGCAGUAGAGCUGGGGUUCCUGGGGGCCAGAGUGGUGCUGCUGGAGAAGAGGGAUGCCUUCUCCAGGAACAACGUCCUCCACCUCUGGCCUUUCACCAUCCAUGACCUCAGGGGCCUCGGGGCCAAGAAGUUCUACGGAAAGUUCUGUGCUGGAGCCAUUGACCACAUCAGUAUACGGCAGCUACAGUUGGUGUUAUUAAAGGUGGCUCUGUUGUUGGGGGUGGAAGUCCAUGUCAACGUAGAGUUCAAGGGACUGGUGGAGCCACCUGCGGACCAGGAACAACAGAAGGUAGGCUGGAGGGUGGAGGUGAAACCCAAGUCUCACCCUAUUAACACACUGCAGUGUGACGUGGUGAUCGGAGCUGAUGGACGACGGAACACACUGCCAGGGUUCAGGCGUAAGGAGUUCCGAGGCAAGCUGGCCAUUGCUAUCACAGCUAACUUCAUGAACCGUAACACCACGGCCGAGGCCAAGGUGGAGGAGAUCAGUGGAGUGGCCUUCAUCUUCAACCAGAGGUUCUUUCAGGAGCUACGGGAUGCCACGGGAGUGGACCUGGAGAAUAUAGUGUACUACAAGGACGACACGCACUACUUUGUGAUGACGGCUAAGAAGCAGAGUCUGCUGGAGAAAGGAGUCAUUCUGCGGGACAAUGCAGACACAGAAACACUUCUCUCACGGGGAAACGUGGACCAGAAUGCACUGCUGGCCUAUGCCCGCGAGGCGGCGGACUUCUCCACCAAUCACCAGCUGCCGUCCCUGGACUUUGCCAUGAACCACUACGGGCAGCCUGAUGUUGCCUUGUUUGACUUCACCUGUAUGUACGCGUCAGAGAACGCUGCACUGGUCAGACAGAGACAUGGACACCAUCUACUGGUCACGCUGGUGGGAGACAGCCUUCUGGAGCCAUUCUGGCCCAUGGGGACAGGUAUAGCACGGGGGUUCCUGGCAGCACUGGAUUCUGCCUGGAUGGUACGGAGCUGGGCUCAAGGCCUUGCCCCUCUGGACUUACUUGCUGAAAGAGAGAGUCUGUAUCGUCUCCUUCCUCAGACCACUCCAGAAAAUGUCAACAAAAACUUUGGUCAAUACACCGUAGACCCAGCUACCCGCUACCCUAACAUCAACCCUCAACUCAUCAGCCCCGCACAGGUGGGCCAUCUAAUAUACACAGGAGAGAAUGGAGGUUCGGGUGUGGUCCAGGAACCGCAACCCCGAUCCCCCUUGCCGAAGCUACUACGACAGGAGUCCUUCUCUCGCUCCAGUAAGCUUUUGUCGUGGUGCCAGCAGCAGACGCAGGGUUACCGUGGCGUUGCUGUUAGCGACCUCACUACAUCCUGGAAGAGUGGCCUAGCUUUGUGUGCCGUCAUCCACCACUACCGCCCUGACCUCAUUGACUUUGCCUCUCUGGGGGAGGAUGAGGGGGAGGUGAAUAUGAGGUUGGGGUUGGAGGUGGCAGAGAAGGAGUUUGGCAUCUCUCCUGUGAUGACUGUCGAGGAGAUGGCGUCUGUCAGUGAAACGGACACUCUCUGUAUGGUCAUGUACCUCAGCCAGUUUCACCAGCUCUUCAAGGACGCACUGCCCCCAAGUGAAUCCCAGACUGAGAGCCCAGAUGGGAGGGCUGCUGUGAUUGGUCCUGCCUCUCUCCUCAGCCGCCUUGGCCACAGCCCAUCCCGCAAGCGCAACCCCAAGGAGCAGAAGGAGAAGGAUGCGGUGGGGAAGAGGAGAAAGACCAGUCGGCCAUGUCUGGAGGACGUGAAACAAGAUGUCCGAUUAAGAUCUCAGGACAGUUAUGAGGAAGAGACUGCCCUGUGCUCUGUGGGUGGAGCAAGCCAGAGCAGAGUGCGCUCGAUGGCCAAUCAGCUGCUGGCCAAGUUUGAGGAGAAUGCCCCUUGCCCCUCCUCCACGCCAGCUGCAGCUCUACGCAGACAGAAAUAUGUUCAGAUGUACACAGGGGGAGUGAGCUCAUUGGCUGAACAGAUAUCCAAUCAGCUUCAAAGUCAAGAGUCACCUUCAUCCCAGCACACUCCUGAUAGGAAGGAAACGGCUGCCGUUCGCUCUGUGUUGGCAGGGUCAGGAGGGGCCAGUGAUGUGUGUUUCUUCUGCAGUAAGCGGGUGUACGUGAUGGAGAGACUCAGUGUUGAGGGACUGUUCUUCCACCGGAGCUGCUUCCAGUGUGACCACUGCAGCUCCACCAUCCGCCUGGCCUCCUACGCCUACGACCGACCUAACGGGAAGUUUUACUGUAAGCCGCACUAUGACGUCCGUCUGGUUGGGCCGGUCCAGAGGAAGAGGGCAGCCCCCCCGACCUCCGAUCAGCCCCCAACCCCCUACGAACGGACCCCCUCUCAGCGGACCCUCCUGGAGUCCCAAGCUGCUCUGUCCACUAACCCUCGCUCCUCAGUGACUGUGGUGACAGCAGAUCGCAAGUCCUCAGUGGCGUCUCUGAUUGAGGAGGAGUGUGGCUUGGCUAAGCGCGUGCACGGCACGCCAGAACGUAUAGAGCUGGAGAACUACCAUGUGAGCCUGGGGAGCCUGGAGACUGAACAGCUAACAGAUGAGCCGGAGGAGGUGCCAGAGGAGACGCUGGCCAAUUACAACCUCAGUCUGCUGGUGACAGAGGAGAAGAAGGCCAAUCACAAGCGCAGCCCGUUGUGGGACAAGAGCAACGAGGGCUCCAGUUCGGAAUCAGAGACGGAGGAGGAGGGGGAGAGGCAGCGGGCUCAAACCAAUGACCUGGCUAGAGACUCCUGGAGGAAGGCCAUGGAACUACACGCACGCCUCCGAGGAGAGAGAGGAGACGACGAAGAAGAGACAGAAGAAGGAGAGGAGGAAGGAGAGGUUGAUGAGGAGGAGGAGGAGUUAUCUAGUGAUGAGGAAGGAUCAUCCCCCCUCACUGCUCAGGAGGUAGCCUCGUUGGACGAGUGGCAGCAGAGCGCACACUCUCAAAACACACACUCUCCAGACACACUCACGCCUGACUCGACAGCACCCGAUACACACGGUCCACACAGACCCACCAGUGUACCCAAUAUCACCUUCUCCACUCCAGCCACUGCCUCAACACCAUUCACCCCCUUAACGUCACAUGCACCCACAUCAAUGUCCUCUGUCUCAAUUCCAGACUCCUCUGUCUUUACCUACUCCUCCCCUAACUCCUCCACCACAUUGGGCUGCUUCCCCGGUCCGGAAGUGGGAGAGGAAGAUGGGAAAGAGAAAGAGAGGAAGGAGAGAAAAGAGCAAGAGGAGAGGGAGAGAGGGGAGAGGGUGCGUGACCCCAGCAGUAGUUCGGGGAUCGGUGUGGGCGGGAGCUCCACCACCUCUACCUCGGACCCUCUCACCCCUCCCUGCAUCCUUCCCCCCGCCCAGCACAGGGCAUGCUGGGAUAGCCUGCCCCACCCUGAUGUGGAGGCGGAGUCACUGCAGAGCCCCGCCCCUCGCCCUGCCCCUCGAUUUGUCCCCGCACCUAUCAUGGCGUCGGCUGUUGUGCGGGGGGUCGGGGGCAAGAAACUGAAUCCGUGGGACAUGGGUGGCGGAAGCGGGCCUGCCGCGGGGGGGUCUGUUGGAGCUGGGUCUCUUGGGGAGCAGCUGUGUAAGGGUGAAGUAAUAGACCCCUUAGAGGACAUCAGCUCCCCCUUGUCCCCCCUGAAGCCCCUUAAGGCAGUGCCCAGAGACGAGAGAGAAAUCGGGAGGAAGAGGGAGAUGGAGAGGAGGAGGGAGAUAGAGAGAGCAGCCAUGGGGGUGGGCUGGGAGGACAUGAAAAUCACCCUAGGAAGGGAGCCUCUCCCAGGGAAGAGCAGAGGAGGUCUGGACCCCCGCAGACUCACAGAGAGCCUGCCUCCCCUCCUUCUCCAGGGGGGCUUCAUCUUCCCUUCACGUAAGUGCCGCAGGGACAACCAGCCCCCCAGCCAGAGUGUGUCUGAAGCGGGCAUAGGAGAGGGUGGACCCCUGGGCCUGUGGAGAGCUGUCAUCUCUGGCUAUAAGAGGGACAGGAAGAAGAAGGGCAGGACUUCCCUUCCCAAUUCAACAACAGCGCCAGCCCCCAAAGAGCAGGGCAGGAGGAAAACUUCUGCAGAGAGACGAGGUGUGAAGUUCAGGGAGCGCCAGAGCUGGUCGGAGCCAGAGGAGUCAGACAUCACCUGCUCUGUUGUGAUGGAGAGAUGCUCCAUGAACCCCAAGGCCAACAGGCACGUGGGGAAAGAGAGGGAGCUGGACAGCUCCCCCCAUAUGGAUACACAGCGGAAGUCAUCGUGCCCUACGGAGAUGGUGGGGGUACUGGUGCACAUGAAGGACCUGAAGGACCCGUCCAGCCUGGAUGUGUCAGAGGCCAUGUUCCACAGAGACCGAGACCCAGAGGAGGAGGAGCUAGAUGCCAGGUUAACACGCAGGGUACAGAGGGCAGCGCGCAAACAGGCCAAACAGGAGCAACUCAAGAGACUGCACAGAGCCCAGAUGAUCCAAAGGCAGUUGGAGCAGGUGGAGGAGAAGCAGAGGCAGCUGGAGGAGAGGGGUGUGGCUGUGGAGAAGGCCUUGAGAGGGGAAGCAGACUACUGGGGAGAGUCGAAUGACAGUGAAGAGCUGGACUUGCACCUGGGAGUCAUGGGCAGGCAGGAUGAUCCAGCUCUGAUGCAGCAGUGGUUCAAGCUGGUCCAGCAGAAGAACUGUCUGAUGCGCUAUGAGUCAGAACUCAUGAUAUUCGCUCGGGAGCUGGAGUUGGAGGAUAGACAGAGCCGUCUUCAACAGGAGCUCAGAGAGAGGAUGGCCGUGGAUGACCAUCUGAAGGGUGAGGCAGAGCUGGCUGAGGAGAAGCUAAUCCUGGGGGAGAUGUUGGAGGUGGUGGAGCAGAGAGAUGCUCUGGUGUCUCUGCUGGAGGAGCAGCGGCUGCAGGAGAGCCAGGAGGACAGAGACCUGGAGGCCAUCAUGCUGUCCCGGGGCCUGGGCCUGCACAACUGGGCCUGAACCUGAAGAACUGGGCCCAAGCACACACGUCACUUCCCCUCUAAAGCUGCGAUCAGGGUCACUUCCCCUCUGAUACAACGUUAUGACCAGGAUCAAGGCGGGACAGUGUCUGGAUGAUCAGUUUUUAGGAUUGAAGAUGUUUCCCCAAUCCCCACUGCUACACACAUCUUGCUAUACCCCUGACUGACGGGCCUCUGAGAUGGAUGGCCCUAUGCUCACUAUACUCACCCAGGCUGUUGUUAUGGCGAUAUGUGGCAUGUAUGAAUGAUUUGUAUUGUUAUUUAUUAACCAUUUAGAAAAAUGUAUAUUAUGUAAAAAAAGAAACAGCACUGAUUUUUUUAAAACCUUUUUUAAAAUGACAUAAUGUUUUACUUCACACAUUGGAUAAUAAAGACAUUCUGACAUCAUGA